AGAUCCAGUUGUUGUGGAAACAGGGUUUGUGUUGAGACAUUCCAUGUCGCUAGUGGCCCAGUGACUCUCACGACACGACGUGACGACAGUAUGAAUCAGACCACCGUUACGAUAAGUAAUACAGCGACUCGGUUUCGUUUCGCGUGUCUGUCCGCGCCGUGAAUGACUCGUCGGCUGUAGUGAUUGAUAAGGAAGAAAUGAGGAUGAAUCCGACGAAGUUUAAGGUUACGUUCGCUGUAUCAGUUUGGCGAUUUGACUGGGCAAUAUGGAAAUGUGUGAAUAUGCUCGUUUAAGCGCGCAACUAGUAAAGUAUUCAUUCUAGGAAUGUGCAAUUUGAUGUAGGUAUGGAAGUUAUUGCUGUCGAAUAUCUUUUAUUCAAAAUACAAAGCAAUAUUUCAUAAUGGAACCAAAGACCGGCACUCAAGAGGGGCCCUUAAGGUCUGCUUGAUAGAACUGCUCGGUAAACUUAAAGGUCAGUCACGUGGUGAUAUUCCGGCAGCCACUGGUGCGCAAAGUUUGGUGGAAAUACCGAAGUAGAUAGAUGCAAGUGUGAAAUAAUGUUAAAUUUUGGCGAAAACAUGUAAAUUAAUCCAAAAUCAGAAUUCGGAAGGUGCUUGGUUUCAGUGCUUGAGCUCAAGAUGUUGUUAUAAAUAAUUUCACUUUUAACGGCAUCAUAAUCUCAAGAUAAAGGAGGUAGGUGUGAAAUAAAACAAAACAAGUUAGUAAAAUGGACGAUCUUUGCUGGUUGACGCGGACACUUACAUAUAACAUUGUUCCGUGUUAAAUGAGUAGUAAAAGAUUCAAAAGUAAAUGGAAGUCUAUCAGAUUUCACAACAAUUAAUCUUACUAUGAGAAGAUAAUCUCAAACUAGUAGCAGACAAGUCAUACACCAGUGUAGCGAAAAUUGUUCGGUUUUAUGGACUAUACGAAGACUACUUAUGACAACAGACCUAGUGAAAAUAGUGAAAGGAUUCCUUGAUCAGCUUAACAUCAUCCUCCACAAACUGCUGAGAGGAACGAGUGCAAAAAUGACCACUCUAGGGUAAAGUAACUGGAUAUAAAACGCAAACGAAGGACCAAGAAACGUGUUGCGAUGACCACUAGACGCCCACCUGCCGGAUCCCUGAAGCUAGAAUGGGUGUUCGGAUACAACGGCCACACGGCCAGGAACAACAUAAAGACGAACAAACUGGGACACCUAGUUUACUACGUCGCGGGAGUCGGUGUCGUCCACGAUGCGGGAUUCCGAAGGCAGACGUUUUACACAGGCCACAGCGACGAUAUAACGAGCCUAGCAGUCGACAGCAAAGGCGAGAUGGCGGCUACGGGGCAGGUUGGCAAAGACGCCUACAUCACAGUCUGGGACGCCGUCACCUGCGAACCUGUGAGUGUCAUGCACGACGGCCACGCGGGGAAGGUCUCGGCCCUAGCUUUCUCUGCUGAUGGGGAGUAUUUGGCGUCCGUUGGAGGUCCGGAGGGUAAGCAAGAACUGAUGAUAUGGGAAUGGAAGAAAGGGAGGAGAAUAGCCAAGAACGUCGCCUACCAAGGAAGGGUGGAAGAAGUGGAAUGGGAGCCUGGCUCGACGACUAAGCUGGUCACCUGCGGGGAAAAACACGUCAGGUUCUGGAAGUUGAGGGGCAACGUUUUACAGAAUAAUUCGGGUAUUUUCGGAGGAGAGUCCCCACACGACCAAUUGAGUCUGAGUCAUAUGCAGGACGGACGGGUCAUCACCGGAACAGCGCUUGGCCACUUGUUUGUCUGGCUGAGACAUAAGCUCGUCAGUGUCAUCAGAGAUGUUCAUCCGGGAGGUGUUCUCGCCAUAGAAGUCUAUCCAGGCGGGCUGUUGACGGGGGGCAAAGACGGCUCCAUUACGAUGUUUGACAAAGAGCUGAAUAAGAUCAAUACUGUUCCUGAAGCUCCGAGUCUGGUAUACGAAGUUCCCGGGCCAAUUCACUCCUUGGCUACUUUUGGAGAUAAAUUGAUAUUCGGAACGGAGAAGAACGAAGUCUGGAUGGUGACGACGCAAACCGAGGGGAACCUCACGGCCGCUUGCAUCGUACAAGGACACGGGCUCGGUGAAGUCUGGGGAUUGGCUACGCAUCCUUCUAGACCUAUCGCAGUGACGGCCUCCGAUGACCAGACGGUUAGGUUAUGGAACCUAGAGGAACACAUACCUUUGGCAACCACCGUCCUCAACGACGAAGCUCGAGCCGUGGCCUUCUCCCCAGACGGUCAGCAAAUCUCCGUUGGACUGAAGAAGGGAACCUUCCUUGUUCUCCUGGAGGAAAACUUGGAGGAGACGCAUCGAAUAACUGAUAGGAAAGAAGUUCGUCACGACCUCAAGUACUCGCCUUGUGGUGCGUUCUUAGCAGUGGCUUCCAAUGAUAACUUCGUCGACAUAUACGCAGUCGAAUCAGGUUACAAGAGAAUCCAGAUUCUCUCUGGGGCUUCAUCUUUCAUAACGCACAUCGACUGGUCCAGUAACUCUGACUACAUCCAGAUCAACUCUGGGGCCAGCGAAAGACUCAUCUACAAUGUGGUCGACGAGAAAAUCGUGGACGAGAGCGACAUCCCCGACGUGGAGUGGUCUUCCUGGACGGGCGUCUUAGGAUCCCAAGUGGCAGGACUCUGGCACAAGUAUUCGGACGUGUCUGAUAUCAACGCAGCCGAUGCCAACUUCUACUACAACUGCAUAGUGACCGGGGAUGACUAUGGCCUCGUGAAACUCUUCAGGUUCCCUUGUCCUAAGAGAGGCUCUAAAUGCCAAAGCUUCGUUGGUCACAGUGAGCAUGUGACCAAUGUCAGAUGGACAAACGACUCUGAAUUAGUGGUAUCAGUAGGAGGGGCAGACCAUGCUGUUUUUCUGUGGAGAUUCAGGCCCAACCGCAAAGCUACCCCUGGUACUAACAGAGUGCAAAUCCCAGAGAAAGUUCAAGAAUUAUCAGACGAAGACGUAAUCGAUACCGAGGACGAACUGGAGGGAAUCCCAGAGCUCACGUUGGAUCUGGAAGAAGAAAUGUCCAGUGUAAACACGAUGUCCAGGCAAAAGAACAAGCGUUCGACGAGCGCCACGCCUGGAGUUGAGCUCGCAAAAGAUUCUGCUUUUGCCAUGAGGCGCGAUGCUGUCGGACACGACCUUAAGGCCAACGUCUUUCCCGAGCAGAGCCUUUCUAUCAAACACGUCUUUGGGUACAGGGCGCACGAAUGCCGUGACAACGCCCACUGGCUGAAAGACGACCACAUAGUCUACCACGUAGCAGCUGUGGGGGUGGUGCUCGAUCUAACGACGAAGACCCAAAGCCAUUAUCUUCAUCACACUGAUGAUAUCUUGUGCCUCGCUGUUCACCCCGAGGGAGUUUUGGUAGCUACUGGACAGAUUGGCCGAGACGCCGUGGUUCAUGUGUGGGAUGGGCUGAACCAGAAAAUAAUGUCUUUACUGCAGAAUGGUCACUCAAAAGGUGUCUCCAGCGUCGCGUUUAGCGGUGAUGGCGAAAGAGUGGCGUCCUUAGGCUUAGAUGACCAUCACACUUUGAUCGUCUGGAACUGGAAGAAGGGAUACAAAUUAGCCUCUGCCAGAGGUUACAACGACAAGGUCUUCGGUAUUCGAUUCAGCCCUACGAACAGCAACCGUCUGAUGUCAUACGGGGCAAAGCACAUCAAGCUAUGGAACCAGGCUGGUGGUGGUCUGACUUACGCCAAAAAAGUGCCAAUGGCGAUGGGAUCCAAAUUUAAACAGGAGACUGUUUUGUGCUGCAGUGCCGGUGUAGAUGAGGAGUCAAGUGAAUGGUGGGUGGUGGGUCUUUCUUGUGGUUAUGUUCUUCUGAUCAAGGAUGGAGUUGUAGAACGCAGCUUUAGAGCCCAUAAAGUUCCAGUCUAUUCCAUCUUGGUUACAAAAGAAUUUAUUUGGACUGCCGGGCAAGGAGGAUAUGUAUGCAAGUGGGACCAAGAGAUGAAGAAAUGCCUGAAGGUGUUUCCUGUAACAGACCAUUUCCUUGAAGAAUCCACCCCUGUACCUCUGAUGUCCUCUCAACCAGGGAUUCGCAGUCUGUCAGUGGCAGCUGGAUCUGAUGUCCCACUCCUCGUUGGUACUCAACAUUCUGAAUUACUACUUAUGGAUGAUGAAGGAAAAAUUACUCUCUUAGUUCAAGGUCAUGGUAAAGGAGAAGUCUGGGGACUAGACACUCAUCCAAUGAAGCCAGAAGCUGUAACAGUUGGUGAUGAUAACUCACUCCGUAGAUGGGAUCUUGUGGAUAGCCUACCACUUGGUUCAGCCAAUCUUCGGAAGACAGCAAGAUGUGUUCACUUUCAUCCAUCUGCAGCUUUCUUGGUUGUUGGGUUCCUUGAUGGUAGCAUUGCCAUCUACCUGUACCCUUCCUUAGAGAAGCAGGGUGGAGCACAGCACCGUUCUGAAGGUAUAUCAGAUGUAAAGUUCUCUCCUGAUGGCCGGUUUCUAGCAGCUGGAUCCCAUGAAAGUGUAGUUGAUUUGUAUGUAGUUGACACAGAUGGAGAUAUAGUGAGUAAGGAGAGCUCAGGGUUAAAAAGAGUUGGUAUUUGUCGUGGGGCCUCCUCAUGGAUUACUCACAUCACGUGGCAUGAGGACUCUCGUCUUCUACAAAUAAAUUCAGGAGCAGGCGAACAACUAUAUUACGAAGCACCACAUGGCACUCGUCAGCUCAUCAGAGAGACCACCGCCAGUGAUUUAGCUUGGAUUCCACCCAUGACAUGUGUGCUUGAUGUAACAGUUGAAGGUGUGUGGUCAACUGAUAUGGAUCUGACAGAUGUUAAUGCUGUUGCAACAGCUCACAAGCUUCCUGUAGUGGCUACAGCCAAUGAUAUUGGCGGUCUGGUCAGACUUUUUGCCUAUCCUUGCAAGGGAGGAUUUAAAAAACACAGACAGUACCGUGGGCACAGCAGCCAUGUUACAAAUGUCAGGUGGUCUUCCGAUGAUGAAUUGGUGAUAACCACUGGUGGAGCAGACACAGCAGUGAUAGUAUGGCAGGUACGUAACAUUCUGGCAACAGAUGAAGAAGGUAGAGCCUCGCCAUCUGAGUCAGCACACCGUCCCAGCAGUUUAGAUGAUCUUCCUGAUGAAGAAAUUACCAUGACAGACCUAGAAGCUGCUGGGUUAGAGGACGAAGAAGAUGUACUUUCCAUGUCUCAGUUAGCAGAAACUCUCAGAAGGGGAACACUUCCAAAGAUAGAACCAGAGAUACAGCAGGAACAACAGUUGCCUACUGUUGAAUUAACUGGAAUUAAAGAACGUUUGAAAUCUCUUCCUUUGCUGACAGCUGAUGAUGAAACCAUUUUUUAUUGCAGUGGUUCAGCUAUUGGGCGCUUAAAAAUAACAGAUGGUGGGGAUGUUGUCAGUCAGGACCUUGGUUAUGGAGAGCAUGAGACACCAGUAACAGCUCUCGCUAUCUCUGCAGGUGAACCAGUUAUGGUAGCUACAGCACAGCUCGCUAUCGAUGAACUUUAUGAUGAAGACCAAGAAACGGAUGCAGCUUUGAUUCAUGUUUGGAGACCUUCGGAUGGAGCAAAUGUAGCGGUACUUAGAGGGGGGGCUGAAAAUGUAAUAACUUCCCUUAGCUUCUCUCCAAGUGGAAGGUUCCUGGCUUCGUUAGCUGAUGCAGCAAAUGUUCAUAUCUUCAACUGGAUUAAAGGGGUCCACAUUGCAAAUUUAACACUUCGUACAGGAAUGGCAAUAGCAAUAGCUCAUUCAGGGGAAACAACAGUGGCAGCGCUAUCUCCUAGAGCCCUUUUGUUUCUUGACCUUGUUGGAAACUCAUUAGUUACUACAAGAGGAAAGGCACCACCUGAUCUGUUACCUGAUGAGGCAGCUUUUAAUGGUCUUGGUGUUGCUCCGAAUGGGAAUGUUUAUGUAGCUUGUAGUGAUGGGAGUGUUGUUGAAUGGAAAGGAAGAAUCGCUGUUCGCUAUGUUAGUCCACCAGAGGAACCUGAAUUUUCCCCACCUUACCGAAUGGCAAUAGCUGUAGGCCAAGGAGCUGUAUUCACUGCUUGCAGGUUGGACUCAUCAGUGAUAAUUAGAUGCUAUACUACAGACACCGAAAAACUAACAUUUUUCUCGGACUCCAAAAUUGCUGUACCAACACAAGACUGGACCCCAAUAACAGCUGAGUUAGGAAGCACCAUGAUCAUUCUUGGUGGCCGUAAGCAGCAGCCAUUUAUUAUUCUAGAUCUAAAGUCUGGGAAAUUUACAUUAAUAGAACAAGGGACGUAGUCAUUGCAUUUUUUAUUAGAUAUUUCUUUUGAUUAUGCUGCGACAUAUUACUAUCCACUGUUAUUUGCAUGUUCAGGUCUUUGUUCCUCUUAGCCUGCAGCAUUCACUGCAUUUCAGAUUUCUUACUUUUCUAACCUUUAGUUUAUUCCUCGUAGGUUGCCAAAUUUACUUUAGAUAUCCUAAUUUUCAGACUUACUUUGGAAGUUGGCAGUUAACUUUGGUUUCCGUACACUCACGAUUUCCUGGUCAGUGGUUUCUCCCCCAAUUUUGCAUUGUGAAAUCAAACCUCGAACAGAUUUAAGUGCUUGUAUAUAACAUUAUCAGUACUUCCCACUACUUUUAUGAAACUGUUAAGUACAAAAGUGAUGGAAUUAUGUCCAUACAGUCUAUGAACCAUGCAUUUUUACUUAUACUUGAUGUCCAGAAAGUUGUCGUUAGCCAAGUAUCCCUCCAACUACUUACUAGUGCUAACCUUUAUUUUUCUGUAUCUUAGGUGCAUUAAGUUAGAAAAAAAUAUAAUUUGUUUUAUAGCAAAAAUUUUCAUUUGGUGAGGACUUCUGUGUUGUAAAUUUAGCUUUCAUGUUAAUUUUUCCAGUAAGCGUGAGUGGCAUUUUUUAUGAAUAGUCAUGAAGGAAACAACACUAUUGCCCAGUCGGUGUGCAAAAUAAACCAAUGUACUUGCACUGCCUACAGACCAGAUGAUGAAUUUUGUGGGAAUAUAUAAGUUAAAAAGUAAAAAGGACUAGUGAGAGCAAGUGUAAGAAACCCAGUCAAGAAAAUGUGGCAUAUCUUAACUCAAAGAAGGCUUCUAGGGAUGUCAGUGAAGAAUCAUGGCAAAGUAGUCCAAGGGAUUAGUUACAACAACCUUUCCUGAACAAAAAAGUAACCCACUGAAACCUAAACUAGCAGACCUCACACACGAAGCAGUGGUCAAGGGUGAGGAUGAAACUCGUGGAACCAUGACUCCUGCAGAAGAAACCAUCCGUCUGAAGAAACUUGUAACAUCCACUUUGAGUCCCUGGAGGCACAGGAACUCACCAGACCAAACAGUGGAAGUGUAAGCAUCCUGGCUGAAGCAAACAUCACUGAUAUAACAGCAUAUCCAACAGAAGAGUUCUCUAAAUUUUUACUAUUUGGGUUGCAGACAUCCAAGGAAAGAGACAAUCCUAGUUGGAUGGGCUUCCUGCCUUGAGUUGAGGUGACCAUAAGUAUGGGGGAGAUCAGGGAGCAAAGAAAUUCCUCAUUGCAGGUUCUGGCAAUCAGCCAUCAAUGGAGAUCAUUAGGUAAAGCAACGUCUCGGUAGGAAGUCAUCUGAAGCUAUUAGGAGCUGAGUUGGUAGUGGUGAAGAGCCGCAAGAGAAGCCAGGUGAAAUGCAAACCCAUUAAGGUCUGUCUGAAAGGCAAGGCUGAUGAAGGACAUCAUUUACAGCAUGAACCACAAAGUUUAGAAACUGAGAUUGUAUAAUGUAUGACUAGAAAAUCCAUAUCUAUCUGGAAGGGCCAAGGCAUCAACGAAGAAAUUGAACAGAAAAACCAGGCAAACCAUACCCCCAGUGAAUGGCAAACAGCCAACUUGCAGCAAAAUGUAAAGGAGGCUGAUUAUCUAGAGUGAGUACUUCAGAGAAAGGCACUAUCCUCCAGAUAAGCCAAUGCUAAUGAAGUAAGGCAAGCUAGUGAGGAACAUCCCUGGAUGAUACAGAAAAGGUAAACAGUUUCCUGAUCUCUAGGCUCACCGCAAGAAAUCUAGAGCUAUGACCGGCCACACUCAUUGAAGUGCCCAUCAGAAUAGAUUAAGGGACUGAUGAUGUGAGAGCAGUACAAAAUUGUAGACUGAUUGGCAUACAUGCUAAGCACUGAGGCAACUAAGGCCAUUCAGCAGAAACGGAAAUUAACAGUGAAAAGGUUUGAAAGGUGUAAUGGGAGGAAAACCUUGCAGUUGCACUAUGAAUCAAUUGUUGCGAGAGGAUGGACAGUAAGAUGAAAGAGAACAUGAAUAGAUACAUAAAAGGAAUGAAAAGGGGUUGUGUCUAGGGGCCAAAGGUUUGCUGCAAAGAAUCUUAAGUAAUGCCUGCAUUGCACCACAUGAGGUACUGAUGGCCAUACCCCCUUGUAGGGUACAAAAUUGAAAACCCAAGCACUGUCCAACAUGGCAAUUACAGAAGACUAAACAGUACCAAAAUCAGUGACAUGUCACAUAGGUUGAAGAUUUCUGUAAGGUGUCUUUUCCUCAAGUUACCCAUUGAUGCCACAAGAAACGAUGAGUUCUACUGAAACCUUUGAAGUUUAAACAGGCUUGGAUUUGAAAUAAUGUUUAUAAGACACCCAGUACAUAGUCAAUGCAAAAAACUUUGACCACAACCCUACUUAAUGAUGACAUAUCCAUUCAAACUUUUGUAAGAGUCCUAGCUGGAGCAAAGCAAGUUUAUUCUGGCAUCACCAUGAUGAUACAAGAAGUAUGGAAACUCAAUUCACUUCUGCUUAAAUGCAUAUUCCAUCAUUAAAUUGGACUGCAAUUUAAGUAUUUUGCAGUGACUGUAUUACAUGAAAUGAACACUUUUAAAAAAUGCCACUUCAUCAGCCAUCUACCUAAUGAUUCCUCUAAGUAAAAUAAAUGGUUUCACUUCUGUUAGGUGAAUACAAACCUUUUAUCCUACUGGCAUUCCCCUCCUUGCUACCUCUUCCACUAAACCCUCAGUAAGAAUAGUCUCAAGUCACAUAGUCGAGGCUUCUUCAUGUGGUAUGACUAUUCACUCUCUUUAGAAGUAUUUAGCAUAAUCAAAACAAUUGCAUCAGUUUGUGGGCAGAAUCAGUUAACUUGGGGUUGGAUUCUUAAAGGCAAAACAGUGGAAGUACCAAAAGUUUCUAAAAUUGCUGUCAUAAAAAGCAAAGCUUUCAGAAACUUGCAAUUUAAUUUUGUCACAAUUUCCAAAUGUGUUUUUGUCAGCAAAGAACAACUAAGGUGGCAAAAUAAGGCAUUGGAACACCAAAUGUGCCGUUUGAAUGUUAUGAUAGUAACUGCAUUCAGAAUUCCAGGGCAUGACUCCUGCUAAGCACAUCAUAUUAGUUGAUGGAUUACUUAUAAACAUUUAACUUUCCCUACUUUUGUGUUAACAUCCUCAAAGUUCUGUUACGCCAAUAGCGUACAUAAUCAGGCAGUGUAUCUUAAGGGCCUAAAAUUUGUAUUUCUCAUAAUGUUUCGCCUUUCCUCAAAGGAAAUCUUGAUCGAUCGUUUUAAAUCAAUCUUUCAAUCUACUGCCAAGAUUUUUGUUGUAUCAUCCACUUUAGGAGUGAUGGGUCUGUCAUUUCUUUGGCAAGUACCAAUUUCCUGAUGCCUCCCUUAUUGUAAACACCCACCCAGGUCACUUUUUGAAAACCUGCAAUGAAGUGUAAAACAUAUUUUUUAUGAAG